AUGUCUGUAGGUUCGUCUUCUAAACGCCGUUUUUCUCCUCAUUUAGCUGGCCUUCUGUCUUCCGAAAAAGGGUCCUGUUCUUCUGUUGGUAACGAUACUUUACUUUUGCCUUCUUACGAUGAUAUCGGCGAUUGCACCUUUGUUUGUAGAUUUUGUAGUGCUUUUUUCUGGUUUGAUGAAAGGGUUAUGUAUUUGUCACGUCCAGAUUGCCCUGCCUAUACGCGGUGUUGUAAAUCUGGUUCUGUUGUUUUACCAUAUCCACUUCUACCUCCUAAAUUGUUGCUUGCUCUAUUUGAUUUUCGCCCUUUCAUCAAAAACAUAAGGGCUUAUAAUAGUAUGUUUAGCAUGACGUCUUUUGGAGGUAAGGUGGAUGACACUGUUAAUAGGGCGGAUGGUCCAUAUGUAUUCAAAGUUUCUGGUCAGGUUUGUCAUUGGAUUGGUGCUUUUGAUGUUGUUGAUGAAAAAGGACCAAAGUUUUUGCAAUUGUAUAUUGUUGAUACAGACCAUGAAUUGCAUAAUAGGCUCUCUGCUUUUCCAAAAAAUGAAAAUGGCUGUUUAGAUUCAACAAUAGUUGAGGCUCUUAUGGAUCUUUUUACAGCUCAUAAUGAAUAUGUUAGAACUUUUAAAUGUGCAAAAGAUAUUGCUGCUGAAAGAAACUUACCUGAAUAUGCAGUUCGUCUUUUUAAUGAUGUUCCUAAUCGUCUGUAUGGCCCUCCGGCCCCUGGUAGUUUGGGUUGUAUUGUUGUUGGUGAAGACGUAGUUGGCAGUACAUAUGAUAUAGUUGUGCAUUCAAAAAGUGGUCCUCCGCGUAGGAUUAGUAAACUUCAUCCUAGCUACAUGCCAUUGCAGUAUCCUGUUUUGUUUCCCUAUGGUAAGGAUGGUUGGUCCCCAAGGUUGAAGCUUUUAAAUGAGGUUGGUUCGAAGGCUAGGAAUCUUAGUAUCAACAUGUAUUAUUCUUACCAAAUACAUGCAAGGAAUGGUAUAUAUUCUGUUGUGCUAAAUUCAUGUAGAUUAUUCCAGCAAUAUUUAGUUGACGCAUAUGCAUGUAUUGAACUUUCGCGGCUUGAUUUUUAUGAACAAAAUCAAAAUCACCUAAGAUCAGCAUAUGUUAGUGGUAUUUACGAUGCCAUAUCACGUGGUGAUACUGAUGGUAGAAGUAUUGGUAAGCGUGUUAUUUUACCACCAUCUUUCGUCGGUGGUCCAAGGUAUAUGUACAGAUUAUCAGGAUGCCCUUUCUAUUUGUCGGGAAUAUGGGAAUCCACAGGCAGACAUAAUCUCACGUGUUUCCAUAUGAAAGUUAUUGCCUUUAUUAGUUAUUUGAAAUCUGACAAGACGUUCGGUCCUGUUUCAGCACAUCUAUAUACUAUUGAAUUCCAGAAAAGGGGUUUACCGCAUUGUCAUGUGCUCAUAUGGAUAGCAGAUUCCCACAAGAUAAAGGAACCAUCUGCCAUUGAUGCUUACAUUACAGCUGAAUUACCUGACCCUAUUUUGGAGCCAUUAUUAUAUCAGACAGUUACAAGAUGCCUUGUACAUGGACCGUGUGGUUUGCUAAAUACUAAGUCCUCAUGUAUGAAGGAUGGUAAGUGUAAGAAAAGAUUCCCAAAAAAUUUUCGUAACGAUACAGUUUUUGACAAGGAUGGUUAUGCACAUUAUAAAAGGCGAUCUGGUGAGGUCCAUAGGUUAGAAACAGGUGUAGAAAUAGACAACAGGUUCAUUGUUCCGUAUAACAAAAGACUGUGUUGUCGUUUCAAUGCACAUAUAAAUGUCGAGUAUUGUGGGUGGAACAUGAUGAUUAAGUAUCUGUUCAAAUAUGUAUCGAAGGGAAUGGAGCGUGUUAGGUUUGUUAUUCAGAGAGAUGUGCACACUUCUGGAUCUUCUGUUUCAGUAGAACCUCCUGUCAUUGAUGAGAUUAAGAACUAUAUCGAUGGCCGUUUCCUCUGCCCUCAUGAAGCCGCGUGGCGUAUACUUGAUUUUCCGAUUCAUGACCGAGAUCCGUCAAUUGUCAUACUGCCUAUACAUUUGCCAAAUAUGCAAUCUGUGUUGUUUAAAGAAAACAUUAGUAUUAACCAGGUUGUUGACGAUCCCAACUUUGGAAGCAGUUUGUUGUUAGGUUGGUUUGAUAACAAUAAGUGGGAUAGAACUGGUCAUAAUCUUACAUAUAGCUCAUAUCCUACUAAGUACUGGUGGGACAAACAGGCAAAAGCUUGGAAGAGAAGGAAACGUUGUAAUUCUCAUGCAUUAGGUAGACUUAUCUUUGUUCAUCCAUCUGCUGGAGAAUUAUUUUACUUAAGAAUGUUGCUUUGUCAUCAAAAAGAUUGUAGGUCUUAUGAAGAAGUUCGUACUGUCUCUGGCACUGUGUACUCUGAUUUUCGAGCUACCUGUGAUUCGUUAGGUCUAAUAGGGGAAGAUCGAGAGUGGAUGGACGCUUUUACUGAGGCUUCUGAAUGGGCUACAUCGUCUCAGCUUCGUUCUUUAUUUUGUUAUCUGCUCCUUUUAUGUGAUGUUAACGAUCCUAUGUGUUUGUGGCAUUUUGGAUGGAAGAAAAUGAGUGAUGAUUUGGUACACAAUAUAAAGAUGUCAAAUCCUGGUGUUGAUGUAAUUAUAGAUGAUUUGCACGUACAGCAGAUGGUUUUAUAUGAACUGGAUCAUGUGCUUAGGUCAUCUACACCUUCAAAAUCUGUUGUUGAUUUUCAUUUGCCCAAACCUACAGAGGAGACUGUUGCUAUGUUAAGAAAUAGACUUUUUUUAGAAGAGACAACGUACGAUAAGGACAUUUUGAAAGCUACUCACCAACAGAUGUUGUCGUCUCUAAAUGAUGAGCAGCUGAACAUCUACAAUGUUGUUCAAUCUGCAGAAGCUAAAAGCCAACAGAUGCUGCUUUUCGUUUAUGGCCAUGGAGGGACUGGUAAAACUUUCCUGUGGACAACAAUACUAGCUUAUUUCCGUUCAAGAGGAAAAAUAGCUCUUGCUGUUGCUGCUUCUGGUAUAGCAUCUCUGCUUCUUCCAUCAGGAAGAACUGCUCAUUCCAGGUUCAAAAUCCCAAUUGACUUUACUGAUAAUGUCGCAUGCAAUAUUACAAAAAAGACAAUGCUUGCUGAGUUGUUGAAGGUAACUUCCAUCAUUAUAUGGGAUGAGGCUCCCAUGAGUGACAAACAUUGUUUUGAGUGUUUGGACCAUUCUUUGAGAGAUAUCCUUGAAUGUGAAAGUAAAGUCUUUGGUGGUAUGUCGAUGUUAUUAGGAGGAGACUUUCGUCAGACAUUACCUGUGUCGCCAAAGACCACACCCUCUGAAAUUAUCUCCCUUACGCUGCCAAACUCGUACUUAUGGCCAUAUUUCAGUUUGUAUAAAUUGACAGAUAAUAUGCGGCUUAAAAACCUGUCCACCUCAUCUGAUAGUCAUUUAGGUAUCUCAAAGUUUGCAUCCUGGUUACUUCAAAUUGGGGAUGGACUCAUUGGUGAAAUUGAUGCAUGCGAUAAGACAAAUACCAAAUGGGUUGAGAUUCCUAUGUCACUGAUCAUACCUCCAACAAAAAACGCAUUACACAGCCUUAUAGACUUUGUUUAUGGAGAUGAUAUUCUGAAAAAAUCCUCUGCUUCGACUCUGUCUGCUAGAGCAAUAGUUUGUCCAAAAAAUGAAACAAUCCAAAAAAUAAAUGAUAUAGUUUUGCAGAGAAGUCCUGGUGAUUCAAAGAUGUAUGAAAGUGCUGACAGUAUUGAGUUCAAUGGGAACCAAAGUACAGAGUUUAAUACUUUCUAUCCAUUAGAGUAUUUGAAUGCCUUGACCUUCCCUUCCAUACCUGUGCAUUCACUGUUAUUGAAAAUCAACACUCCUGUUAUGCUGAUUCGGAACAUAAACCAAAAAGAAGGUUUAUGCAACGACACACGACUGAUGGUUUCACAGUUAUUGUCCACCGUUAUUGAGGCAACAAUUAUUACUGGGACUUCCAUUGGGAGCAAAGUUUUAAUCCCCAGAAUUAGAUUUAUUCAUAAAGCCCCUGAUAUACCUUUUACCUUUGUUAGGAAACAGUUUCCAUUAAAAGUCUGUUAUGCUAUGACUAUCAACAAAAGCCAGGGGCAAUCUUUAAAAAAAAUUGGAAUUUAUCUGCCUCACCCGGUAUUCACACAUGGACAACUUUAUGUCGCAUUGUCUCGUGCUACCUCUCCAGAUUCUGUGAAAAUACUUAUAGAUUCUGAUGAAAACACUGCAAAUAAUAAAACGAAAAAUGUUGUUUUCAGAGACUUCCUACACAAAGUUAAUACUUCAGAGGUACGAAUCUUGCGUAUGUGGACACCACAGAUUAGAAAUCAUGAGACAUGGUUCUUGGCUGUUGACAAAAAUAUUCUGGAACAAAGAAAAGAUCAAAGCUUUCUACAAUCCGUUCUCAUUCCUUCUAGAUGCUACACAAUUGAGAAGUACGGAUGUGGAGUACCGGAUCGUUAUCAAAAGUGGAUCAAUAAUGAAUUCUACAUGGCUGUUGGGACAGUAUCCUCUAUUACACCUCUUCCAGACACUGCCAUUAUUCCAAAACAUUGGUUUUCUUUUGUUUCCAAAACACAGAUACCAGAUUACAAAGAUCAACAUGCAGAUUUUGUUGGCUUCUUCAGCAAGCUUAUCAACUGCACGAAAAAAGAUAGUGAACCAUACCUGUUGUUGAUACUAAAAAAUGAUUCCGGUGAAGACAUUGCAAUAAGUUUAUGGAAGGAAUUCACCAGUGUGUCUUCAAAGUUUGAUCGUGUUGUUCUCGAAAAUGCUCCUGCACCUGUCAUAGUCGCCAUAACCAGCAUAAAGAUCUCUACUUACGCAGGAGCACUACGACUUGGAACAAGUAGUGCUACUCAUCUAUACAUCAACCCACCAAUUCCAGAAAUGAAACUACUAAUGGACAGUUACAAUACAUUACCUGAGGUACCUGUUUUUUUAGAUCCUCCAAUACAAUUGUCGAAAAUACUCGACAAAAGUCAUUCUGAUCUUUCGGACAGAACUCUUACGACAAAGGCUUGCAUAAUUGAAUAUAUCUUCUCAGACUCUUGGUACCAUGUUCAAUGUCCGAAAUGCAAAAAUACAACUUUCAAACAAGGGAAAAACUGGUUUUGUCCAUCAGAUGGAAUACUUGAGUCUCCAUGUAGCACGUUUAAAUUGAAUGCAGUUAUUAAAGAUGAAAGUCAUUCCAUGACUGUUGUGCUGUCUGAUAAUGCAACACAGGAAUUACUAGGCACAACAGCAGAUAACCUCAGAUCAGACAACACAGAUGACAGAAAGGAAGUACCACCAAUUGCUAUCUCUUUACUAGGAACUCCAAGAAAAAUGAAAAUUCGCAUGACAAAUACAUCAAAGGACAACAACAUUCGAUUCAUUGUUACAAAUAUCGAAAAAAUGCCUUCUGAAGUACCACCUUCCAUGACAACACCACCUCCUGAUCGUCCAACUUCUUCAAAAAAUACUAAUGAAGAAAGUGCUCAGAACUACCAACAGAGUAAACAAAAUGUUAGAAGAUCACUUCCGUUUGAAAAUCCAGUUACUACAAAACGAAAAGCCGCCCGUAAAAUGGAAUAG